AUGACCACGGGCGAUGCCCCCGGAAACAUUGCAUUUUCUUCGGCGGUGCACCUUGCAUCGUCAAUCUCUUGGAGCUUGCAUCAACUUUCCACUAUCCCCGCACUCCCCCUGCCAACAAACAUCACUGCUGUCCCUGAAUACGAGAUUGUCAGUAGACUUGCACCAGCCCUACCACCCAUUCAAGUCGGUGUCAGCUUCGGAGAAGUCGAUGACAUGAUCGCGGGCAUGAUCGCGGCAACAAAUGUAUCGAGUCCUGACAAAUCUAUCGUCGGACGCCAAUCAACUCUCAGAGUCAUGGUCGUUGGCGACUCGAUCUCACAAGGCCGUGAGGGUGACUUUACCUGGCGCUAUCGUAUUUGGCAGUUCUUUAAACAGAACGGUAUCGACGUCGAGAUGGUCGGGCCUUACAAAGGAACAGUACCUCCUGAUACGCCUGCAGCACCUUCUCCACCUAUUCUUUACGGCAAGCCAGUUCCUACGAGUGCUCCAAAAACUUCUGGCGGCUAUGCGGCGGACGUAGACGAGGCAUUCCUAGCUAACUGCAACCAUUUUUCUGCAUGCUCAAAUAAGACAUACUGCAGAGCUGUUGCUGUUGACAAAGGUUUGAUCCAGACUGUUUUGCAGGCGACACCUGCAGACCUCAUUCUCUUCAUGCUCGGCUUUAACGAUAUGGGAUGGUUCUACAGCGACGCUGCAGGUACUCUGGAUAGUGUCACUACCUUUGUAGCUAAUGCUCGAGCUGCGAACCCCAACGUCAAAAUUGCUAUGGCUGACGUACCACAGCGAAGUUUCAUUAGAGGCCGGGAUGACCUCGUCAAGAAUACAGAGAUAUACAACAAACUUCUUCCUGGAUACAUAUCUAAGUGGUCUACUAAGCAAUCCCCGAUUCAUCUGGUCCAACUUGCGGACAACUACAGCUGUCAACCUAGUGGUUGCUCUGCAGGUAUGUGUACUGACGGCUUGCACCCAAACGCCUGGGGAGAGUUUCAGAUUGCCGCUGCCUUCUCCAAGACUCUGGUCGAAGACUUUAGCCUGGGCAAGAGUCCAGUGAAGAUUCCGUCCCAGGAUGACUCGAGCUUGGCUCGGCCGUUGCAAGAACCGUCAAAUUUUCGUGUCUUUAGUUCUCCCCAAGGUGUCACCGCAACCUGGGAUCCAGUCUACGGUGCUUAUAGUUACGAUAUCACAGUCUCCAUCAACGGUGGCGCCAACACAUAUUCCCCGACAACAACAUCGUCUAACAGGUGGGAUUCACAGUGGCCUCUCGAAGGAUGGAUAUACACUGUCUCUGUGCGGGCUCGCUAUGGAGAUUAUUCAGUUGGCCCAUAUUCAUCGAAGCUGUCGGCGAAAGCUACUCCCAAGCUUUCCGAUCCCCCACAGAACGUAAAAGUAGAGCCUGCUGCUGAUGGAUUCACUGUAACGUGGGACCCUCCAACUGGACCGAACACCGACUCGAUCGUUGAGUACAACAUCUUGUACUGGGACUGGAACCCUGACGACUGUGAAUUCAUCACCGGCGCGGCAUUCACUAGCUCACCCGCAGUUAUCAAGGGACUCACUCCUGGGCGCAACUAUCUGAUUGCUCCCGUUACUUGGAACGAAAACGGCCAAGGGCUACCUUUCUUCGCCAACAACGCUGUGCCAGGCGCCGGAACACCGCCAGUUCCAUCAGAUCUCAAGAUUUUGUCUACAGACAGUACCAGUGUCCACAUUACAUGGACCGGAUCUGACUCCGCUGGUGGCUAUCAUGUCUGGAAUAGAAACGUCAACCAGAAAGGUAGCAAGUUCGAGAUAGUUUCCAACGUCACCGGUUCAACUUGCCUGGAUGACUUUCUACUCUUUCCGGGUACAUGGAACUAUGAGUGGUGUAUUUCUGCGUACAACGGAAACGAUGAGUCUCCACAAGGGCCGGCCAAGCUCGCCCCGUCACCCGCCUCGGGCGUUGACAAAGAUGCCUCUGCUCCAACAUGUCCUACAGCAGCGGCUUGGUGUCCCGCAGGAGCAAGUGUCUCAGUCCCGCCUGGCCAGGGGGGCACACUUCCGCCUACUGCCGGAGUUGAGACCAUCACCACCAACGGCAUGACACUUACUAUCACAACUCUGCCAGCCUCAACAGAUGAUGAUGUAACGUCGACUAUGACCACAGUCCCUCCCGGGGUAUCUCUCGAAGACUUCACGGACUUCCCGGUCAGUACCAACAUCUGGAUUACGACAACUGGGAAAGAUUCAUCUACAACUGUCGUUCCUGUGAUAUUGCCUUGCCCGAGUUGUGAACCUGUGAUAGUCUGGGACACACCUGAGAUUCCAAAGGUCAAGUUCAAGUGGCCCAAGUUUCCGGAAUUGCCCACCUUUCACUUACCAUGCAUCAAGGUCUUUGGUAUCAAGGUUUCAGGCCAAUGUCCCAAGCCUGAAGGCCCAGCACCUAUCAACGAUGACCCUCCACCUCGUCCCAGACCCUCCGGCAGUCCGUCAUCUGAUGCAGGAGAUGACCCCUGCGAGUUUGACAUGAAAUCUGGAAUGUGUGACAACGGCAACUACCCAGUUUAUGACGCCAGCUCUAAUACUAUCAGCUGUGAUGUUCCUAGCGAUCAACUUGGCUCCAAGGUCAGCCAGUGCCAGAGUCACAUCGACAGCAAGCUAGACGCUGUGAAGGACUACUUGCAAGGGGAGAGAUCUUGUUGCCCGGCAUCCUCCAAGGCUAAGCGCCAGGAGUCUCUAGGAUUAUUCUCUUCUCUCAUCAACCGCGGUUCAGGUUCUUUAGGCUUCAGCAUAGGUAAGCGGGCAGGGGACUACUGUCCCGCUAAGAAUGAGGAUCCUAGGAGUCCGCCGACAGGUAAAUGUUAUGCCACUUACACGUGCCCGGACAAGCUCUAUCCCAAUGUCUGUGGAAACGCAAAGUCAGCCAUCAAUGUUCGGGGUGCAACAUCCAUUUUAACCCAUCAGACGGGGAGCACGUUACACGAUACAUCUCCCUGGUAUAAAGGUCGUUGGAAAGCAACUUCAAGACGUCAAGGUGGUUGGAAACUUGACAAGUGCCAAGUCGAGGAGUAUCCAUUUGGGUCCGGGAAUCCCGACCGGAAAGCAAGUGGUAACUCCGUACUUCGACUCAUUCCUGGUGGGAGUUGGGAUGAUGGGUUGGAAAACCAACUGCAGGGCGCCUCUUUGAGUAGAUGGGUCAGGACAUUGGCGAAAAGAUACAACGAGUUUCAGAAGGAGCUCACAGGGACGGACCCAAAGGUUGACGCACAUGGGUUCGUCUACUGUGUCGAGUUUGAUCCUGGCUUUACCAGCUACCUGCCCGAGGACUUGGCGAGUCAGAACUUCUGCGCCACGCCAUACGGUGUGGAGUUUACUUUGGUCAAUGAUUACAAAGUCGGAGGAGUUCGGACAUGGGAUCCUUGGUUUGACGUGCCUGGAACUGACCGCAAGAAGCCCGAGCUCAUAGAAUACAACGAUCCAAACGGUGAUGUGGUGGUAACUAACCCCUCAGACGAUGACUACGCGGUGUACGCAGUUCUACCCCCAACUUAUUGCCGGUAUCCUUCACCGGGACAACAAAAAUGGGACAAAACCACUCACUCAUGGGGCCUGGAUCCAAGAUUUACAAGUUACGGAAGGAGGGAUGACAUUGCGUCCUUUCAAAGGUGCACUGAUCCUCCAGCGGAUACUGAUGGCGAUGACAGUGAUGGUGACAGGCUUUCAAAGCGCUACGAGAAUCGGACGCAAGGCAUGAUCCAACCUGAGAAGAGGACACAUGCCAGAGACCUGAUUAAUCGACAAGGCUCGUCUGGAGGCUUCCACGAUCCAAACAUCUAUCAAUGGCUAGGUUGUGGGGGUUACGAUGAUGAUAUCUUGCAAGACGCCGAUGGCGACCCUUGUGCAGACGACAGUAACCCUUGCGGGGACGGUGCAACCAACCUCGCGACGACCAAUGGCGUGCCUCAAAGCCUUGAUCCUCUUCCUGCAUCGGGCGUCAGUACUGGUGCCAUCACGUCAUGGCCGCCUCAUUACACAGCAACCGACGCCCCAUCAUAUGUCCCUUGCAGCACGCACAACGCAGAUCCUGAUGGGGGUAUAGCCAGAGGCUACUGCGUCUGCUCCGGCUCAACCUUUGCACUUUCCACUGACAGCAAUGUCACGCCCGCCAACAGAUGCGCCUACACGUCGCCUCUACCCAAGACGACAAUUUCCGUCUCCCAGCUCCCCACAGGCCCUACUGCUUCAACCCCAUCCCCAUCGCCUUACGUCCUGGUCAUCUACACCAGAGAGAUCGAGGUCGCAGGGCACGGAGGCGUGACGGAUACCUGGUGGUGGGACUGCAGGCCAUUUGACAAGGGCGACCAGUCAGACAGUGAUGUCUGUGCUAUCAAGGAUAACCCAAUAGCCUACAGCACCGCCAUUGGCCGAGCUUCACCAGCGCAGUAUCCAACAUCGUUGGCUACUUUUAGCCUUCACGGCCAUUCGUCUUGUUCCUACCAGGGGCCGAACACCGCGACAGUUGGUAGCGUGAUAUGUGAUGAUGGACUCACUGCCAAGUGCACGGCUGCUCCCGAAGCCUCUCAAACUUCUUUCGCUGAUUGCACUGACGGGGACGAGGUCCCAAAUGGCCUUGCAAGAGAUUUGUAA